AUGUCUCGCCGCAAGCAAGGCAAACCCCAGCACUUAAGCAAACGGGAUUUUUCGCCCGAGCCCCUGUCGGCUGUCGUCUCGGAGGAGAGAGCGGAACAACGAGGCCUGGUCCAGGUAGCUCCGGAAGGGGACCAGGAUCUGCUCACCUGCGGCCAGUGUCAGAUGAACUUCCCUUUAGGGGACAUCCUUAUUUUUAUUGAGCACAAAAGGAAACAAUGCAGUGGCACUGUGUUCACGGACAAGGCAGUGGAUAAGCCGCCCUCUCCGGCACACGGCGAGCUGAGGAGAGCGUCCAACCCCGUGGAAGUGGGGAUCCAGGUCACGCCGGAGGAUGACGACACGCUGUCAACGUCAUCCCGAGGAAUCUGCCCCAAACAGGAAAACACGACAGGUAAAGAUGAACCCAGCAGCUACACUUGCACAACCUGCAAACAGCCGUUCAGCAGCGCCUGGUUCCUGCUGCAGCACGCCCAGAACACGCACGGUUUCCGCAUCUACCUGGAGAGCGAACGAGGAAGCCCGCUCACGCCCCGCGUGGGUGCUCCGUCAGGGAUGAGCGCCGACUGCGCCUCCCAGCCCCCCCUGCAUGGCAUCCACCUCCCCGAAGGAAGCCCUUUCAACCUGCUGCGGAUACCGGCCUCCGUCUCCGGACGGGACGGCGCCCCGCUGCGGGAGGGCCGUUUCCCGCCGACCCCGCCCCUCUUCAGCCCCCCUCCUCGGCACCAUCUGGACCCUCAUCGCAUGGAGCACCUGAGCGCGGAGGACUUGGCUCUGGCCACCCACCACCCCAGUGCCUUUGACAGGGUGCUGCGCCUCAACCCCAUGCCCCUGGACCCCCCCUCCAUGGACUUCUCUCGCAGGCUGAGGGAGCUGGCCGGCAACACCUCAGGAUCGACUCCGCCCCUCUCGCCCAACCGCCCCAGCCCUAUGCAACGGCUGCUGCAACCAUUCCAGUCAGGAAACAAGCCACCCUUCCUUUCCACACCCCCGCUCCCCAACAUGCAGUCUCCCUCGGGCUCCCAGUCCACCACCACCUCGAUGCCCCAGCAGCAGAACACCCCCAUGAAGUCCAAGUCCUGCGAGUUCUGCGGGAAGACCUUCAAGUUCCAGAGUAACCUGAUCGUGCAUCGGCGCAGCCACACGGGCGAGAAACCCUACAAGUGCCACCUGUGUGACCACGCCUGCACCCAGGCCAGCAAGCUCAAACGCCACAUGAAAACGCACAUGCACAAGUCCUCUCCCAUGACCGUCAAGUCCGACGACGGACUGUCCACGGCCAGCUCGCCUGAGCCGGGCACCAGCGACCUGGUGGGCAGCGCCAGCAACGCCCUCAAGUCUGUGGUGGCCAAGUUCAAGAGCGAGAACGACCGGAUGAUCCCGGAGAACGGAGAGGAAGAGGAAGAGGAGGAAGAAGAGGAGGAGGAGGAGGAGGAAGAGGAAGAGGAGGAGGAGGGAGAGGAAGAGGAAGAGGAGCUGGAGAACGAGGGCGGCAGGAACAGCUACCCCUUCAGCCUGAACCUGGAGGCAGCGCGGCUACACGAGAACAGCGGCAGGCGCCUCGGGGCGGCGGAGGACGGAAUACCGCGCUCUCUGCCCGAGGCCAUCCAGGGCAUGGGCCUGGCCGCUAGCAUGCAGCACUACAGCGAGGCCUUCCACCAGCACAAGCGCGGGGCUCUCAGCUCCGACAACGACGCGCACAGGGACAUGUGCGACGACGACUCCGCCCUGGAGUCCGACCGCGUCGACGAGGGCUGCGGUUCGGCCAUCAACGGCCGCGGGUCGUCGCCCAGCGAGUCGGCGUCCGUGGGCCUGUCUAAGAAACUGCUGCUGGGCAGCCCCACGUCCAUCAGCCCCUUCUCCAAACGCAUCAAACUGGAGAAAGACUUUGAUCUCCCCACUCCCACUAUCCCCAACACGGAAAACGUCUACUCCCAGUGGCUGGCCGGAUACGCCGCCUCCCGACAACUCAAGGACCCUUUUCUGAAUUUCGGAGAUUCCAGACAAUCGCCUUUCGCCUCAUCUUCGGAGCACUCCUCAGAGAACGGCAGCCUGCGCUUUUCCACGCCGCCCGGCGAGCUGGACGGCGGAGUCUCGGGCCGCAGCGGGACCGGCAGCGGGGGGAGCACGCCGCACCUGGGGGGUCCGGGCCGGCCCAGCUCUAAAGACGGACGCCGCAGCGACACGUGCGAGUACUGCGGCAAGGUCUUCAAAAACUGCAGCAACCUGACGGUGCACCGGCGGAGCCACACGGGCGAGAGACCGUACAAAUGUGAGCUGUGCAACUACGCCUGCGCACAGAGCAGCAAGCUCACCCGCCACAUGAAAACACACGGCCAGGUGGGCAAGGACGUUUACAAAUGUGAAAUCUGUCAGAUGCCUUUUAGUGUGUACAGCACCCUGGAGAAACACAUGAAAAAAUGGCACAGUGACCGCGCCUUGAACAACGAAAUUAAAACGGAGUAGUGGAGGAGCAUGUGGAGGACCACUCAUCCGUUAACUCUCCCCUCUCCUCCUCCUCCUCCUCUCCCCCCUCCUUGUAG